AUGGAUGAAAAUCCUCAAUCAAGCUUUUUCGAAGGGGAGAUAACUGGAAUCAGAUUUGGUUUGGCAUCUCAGAAGGAAAUCUGUACAGCAUCCAUCAGUGAUUGCCCUAUUAGCCAUUCAAGUCAGCUGACUAAUCCCUUCCUUGGUUUGCCGCUUGAAUUUGGCAAAUGUGAAUCUUGUGGCACUUCUGAACCAGGAAAAUGCGAAGGUCAUUUUGGAUACAUCGACUUGCCGAUUCCUAUAUAUCAUCCGAGCCAUGUUAGUGAAUUGAAGCGAAUGUUGAGCUUGUUAUGUUUGAAGUGCUUAAAAUUAAAAAGGAACAAGAUUCAAAUCAAGAGCAACGGUGUUGCUGAACGGUUGCUUUCAUGCUGUGAGGAGUGUGCGCAAAUUUCUAUUAGAGAGGUUAAGAAUACAGAUGGUGGUUGCUUCUUAGAACUAAAGCUGCCUUCUAGGUCCAGACUACGGAAUGGUUGCUGGAAUUUCCUAGAAAGAUAUGGUUUUCGCUAUGGUGAUGACUUUACACGACCAUUGCUCCCCUGUGAGUUUGUUACAUUGGUGGAGGAGAUGUUGUUUCUUGCUGAGUUGUAUAGCCCUAAUGCCCCUGAUUUUUGUGCUCAGUUUUUGUCACUUUUGAAAUGUACUUAUACACGAACGUGCCUAAAGUGUAUGCAUUCAUGUGCAAAGGGGAAUGAGUUAUUCAAUGCCUCAGUUUGUGAGUUACUUAUAAAGGAUUCAGAUUUUAGAACAGCAUUUGUUAUGCAAAUUCUGAAGAGAAUUACUGCAGAGACUAGAAAAAAGCUAAGUGGAAAAGGUUAUUUCCCUCAAGAUGGUUAUAUCCUACAAAAGCUACCUGUUCCUCCAAACUGUCUAUCCGUUCCAGUUGUUUCAGAUGGCAUUAGCGUCAUGUCUUCAGAUCUCUCUAUAUCCAUGCUUAAGAAAGUUCUUAAGCAAGUUGAAGUCAUCAAAAGCUCACGGUCAGGUGCACCAAAUUUUGAAGCGCAUAAAGAUGAAGCUAAUUCUUUGCAAUCAAUGGUUGACCGGUAUCUUCAAGUCAGGGGCACCACAAAGACAUCCCGUGAUGUAGAUGGCCGUUAUGGGGUAAACAAGGAAUCCAGCGAAUCCUCAACCAAAGCCUGGCUUGAGAAGAUGAGGACUCUGUUCAUAAGAAAAGGCUCUGGAUUCUCUUCUCGCAGUGUCAUAACUGGAGAUGCAUACACACAAGUGAACCAAGUUGGUAUUCCAUAUGAGAUUGCUCAAAGAAUUACGUUCGAGGAGAGGGUCAGUGUGCACAACAUGAGGUAUCUGCAAGAGCUUGUGGAUAACAAAUUGUGCCUGACAUACAGGGCUGGUUCUUCCACCUACUCUCUUAGGGAAGGUUCCAAGGGGCAUACAUUUCUACAACCUGGGCAAGUUGUGCAUAGGCGGAUUAUGGAUGGAGAUACUGUUUUCAUUAAUAGACCGCCCACAACUCACAAACAUUCAUUGCAAGCACUUUCAGUGUAUGUUCAUGAUGAUCAUACGGUCAAGAUUAAUCCUCUGAUAUGUGGGCCCUUAAGUGCUGAUUUUGAUGGUGACUGUGUUCAUUUAUUCUAUCCUCAGUCCCUUGCUGCAAAAGCUGAAGUCUUGGAGCUUUUCUCAGUGGAGAAGCAAUUGCUUAGCUCCCAUAGUGGGAAUCUGAAUUUGCAGCUGACAACAGAUUCAUUGUUAUCAUUGAAGAUGAUGUUCAAGACCUGCUUUUUGGACAAAUCAGCUGCUCAGCAGCUGGCAAUGUUUGUAUCACCUUGUUUGCCACAACCAGCUCUGUUGAAGGUCAACUGUAUUCGCCCAUACUGGACUGCCCAUCAGGUUCUCCAGAUGGCUUUACCAGCAUGCUUCAACUGCUCCGGAGAGAGAUUUUUGAUCAACAACAGUAAUGUUUUGAAGAUUGAUUUCAGUAGGGAUGUCGUUGCGUCGAUGAUUAAUGAAAUUCUGAUCUCAAUGUUCUUUGAGAAGGGUUCUGGAGCAGUGCUUAAGUUCUUCAACUCCUUGCAGCCCUUGCUAAUGGAAAAUCUGUUCUCCGAAGGCUUUAGUGUUAGUUUGGAAGAUUUCUCCAUCUCCCAGGCAGUCAAACAAAGCAUCCCAGAAAGUUUCAAGGUUAUUUCUCCUUUGCUUUGUAACUUAAGGUCCACCUACAAUGAGCUGGUUGAGUUGCAAGUAGAGAAUCACAUCCAGGAUGUGAAACAGCCAGUUAAAGAAUUUACUUUAACUUCCUCUGCCUUGGGUUAUUUGAUUGACUCUAAGAGUGAUGCUGCUGUUACUAAGGUUGUUCAGCAAAUUGGCUUCUUGGGCUUGCAAGUUUCUGAUAGGGGAAAGCUUUACUCUAAGACUCUGGUUGAAGAUUUGGCCUCUCAUUUUCAGAGCAAGUAUCCUGCCAAUUUGGUUGAUUAUCCUUCUGCCCAGUAUGGCUUGAUUCAAAGCAGUUUUUUUCAUGGGUUGGAUGCAUACGAGGAGAUGGCUCAUUCCAUUUCUACUAGAGAAGUCAUUGUGCGUUCCUCAAGAGGAUUGUCUGAGCCAGGAACAUUGUUCAAAAACUUAAUGGCCAUCCUCCGAGAUGUGGUAAUUUGUUAUGAUGGCACUGUAAGAAAUGUCUGCAGUAAUUCAGUCAUCCAAUUUGAGUAUGGUGUGAAGGUGGGAGCCGAGUCCCAAAGUUUAUUCCCUGCUGGUGAACCUGUUGGUGUCUUAGCUGCCACUGCAAUGUCCAAUCCUGCAUAUAAGGCUGUUCUUGAUUCUACUCCAAGUAGCAAUUCCUCGUGGGAUAUGAUGAAGGAAAUACUUCUUUGCAAAGUUGGUUUCAAGAAUGACCUAGCUGAUCGCCGUGUGAUUUUAUACUUGAAUUAUUGUGGCUGCGGACGAGAUUAUUGCCAAGAAAAAGCAGCAUAUUUGGUCAAGAAUCACUUGGAAAAAAGGAAGUUGCGAGAGUUGAACAUUAGUGCUCAGGUGAUUCUUGAGAAGUGCCAAGAGACUGUCAACUCAUUUCGAAAGAAGAAAAAAGUUGGCAAUCUUUUUAAGAAGACAACUUUGUCAGUCAGGGUUGUGUAUCUUGAAUUGGUUGCUUUUGUGUCUCUUGAUCAUUACAGUGCACAAGCUAUAUUGCCAAAACUAAAAACCGGGUAUCAUAUGAUGUUAAAGUUCCAUUUGGGAUCACAACAUUGCAUGAGUCAAUAUGUAGCUUUGUUGCUAUUACAUGGCGAAGUUCAAAGUGCACAAGUACUUGAUAGCGUAGAUGAAUCGCCGUGCUUGAUGUUUUUCUGGCAAGAUGCCAAUGAUGUUCAUUUGGAGAGGACUUCAAACAUUCUUGCUGACAUGAUUUGCCCAGUUCUGCUGGAAACAAUCAUCAAAGGUGACCAUCGAAUUUCCAGUGCAAAUAUAAUUUGGGCGAGUCCAGAGACAACAACUUGGAUAAGAAACCCUUCCGGGAAUCAAAAGGGGGAGUUGGCUUUGGAUAUUAUUCUGGAGAAAUCUGUUGUUAAGCAAAGUGGUGAUGCUUGGAGAAUAGUCUUGGACUCAUGUCUUCCUGUUCUUCAUUUAAUUGACACCACACGUUCAAUUCCUUAUGCGAUUAAACAAGUUCAGGAAUUGUUGGGAGUUUCUUGUGCAUUUGACCAAGCAGUUCAGGUAACACAGAAAUUUUUCCCUUCUGCUUUUGAAGCAGUCUAUUCCUAA